AUGUUCCGAAGAGAACACUUCGCUCUCAGACUGCAGGUCUACUGGUGGUUCCCAGAGUCUCUAAGAGUCGACUGGGAGGCAGAGCCUUUAGCUAUCAGGCCCCUCUCUUAUGGAAGCAGCUCCCAGCUUUCGUCAGAGAAACCAGACCGUGACUAUUCUCUCUACGAAACAGAGUCAGACUCCACUUCAAAGGACGUCCCUCCUCUUGCCAACAGAAAUGAAAUAACAUGUGGAUUACCCAAACACAAGGGUCAACAUGUUGUUUCUAAGUUGAACCCAUCCAGGCAAGAGGAGAUGUGCGACAGUUGUGGCCAAAAUGCAGCUGUGAAGAUCUGCCUGACCUGUAACAACUCCUUUUGUGAAUCUCAUGCCCGGGAACACCACGAACUAUUGUCGACACACACUCUAGCAGCUGUGAGCCGUGAUUUGGAGAGAAGACGCUCUCAGCUUGGACAGCAGUAUACGUUUAGUGUGGCCACACAAGAUGAAGAUGGCCAUCUAAGCCAGUGGGUCACAGAACGUGUUACCACAGCGGUUCCACCUCCUCAAACGUUAACUAAAAGACAUUCUGAGGCUACAUCUCUGUCCUUACAAUGGACAAAGGGAGAAAACAUGGAGGGAAUUCCUCAUCAGUUUCUUAUUAAAGUCACAAGUCCAGGAAAAGAGCCCCAUGUAAUCUACACCAAAGACUGCUACAAGAUGUUCUCUGAUUUAGAGCCAGACACAGAGUACGAGUUCUCUGUCUCAACAGUGCUGAAGGAUAACUGCAGUGAUCCAGUUUAUAUCUCUGUACACACGGAGCCAUGUCUCAGGGAAUUUCUGUCAAGGAUUGGGCUGGAAGACCAGUACGACAGGAAGCUCUCAGUUAGCGAUUUCCUGGAGAUCACACAAAAUGACACAUCAGAAGACAAAACUGAAACACUGAAAUCACUUUGUGAGGCCUUUUUAAAGAGUCUUUUGAUGUUAAACAUAAAUGCUAGAAACGUGAAAAGUGUGUGUGAAGAUUUGGAGGCAGGCGAGAAGAACACCAUAAACCCCUUGGACCUGAUAACUGCAGUAUUUCUCUGCUCGGACAGUUUCCUUCAGCAGGAUUUAGCUCUGAAAAUGGCUCUCUGCCAGUUUGCUGUCCCACUCUUGCUACCCAACAGUGAAACAAGAGAAAUUACUAUGAUGCUGUGGUCUUUGCGUGGAAUAGUUCAAACCUUCAGACCUUCACAGCAAGCAUUCAUGAAGUUAAACUGUGAGGAACGACUGGUGCUCUUUGAUCUUCCUCUGAUUUCAUUUGUCAGGCUAGGAAAAAGGUUCAUGUCCAAGUCUGCAAUGUUAAACAAACUCCUAAGUAACGCUGAGCAUUACCAUGACAGAUUUUGUCAUUCUGAGUUGGUGUGUGGUGAUGUGCCCAGAAAAAUUUCAGAUGGACUUGUUGAAGUCAGCUGGUACCUACCUUGUGGGAACAGAAGUACAGAUCAAUUCUCUGAACCACUUGCUGUUGCCAACCUCAGAGGAGACCUACAGGCCUUUGACAAGCAAUUUUCAUUCCUUUGUCAGACAUCUACAGCUGUUUACAUCUUCUGUGACGAAUCAAAGCAGGAUUACCUCAAGAAUUUUGAGGGAAAGCACGUGAAUGCAAAUAUAAUUUUGGUCAGCAGCAGACAGGGGAAAACCUCUGUACUCAAAACGAUGACUACGACACCAAGUUUAAAGACAACAGUUGUGAGUCAGAGAAAUAAGACUCACACAGAGCUUCUUCAGGCUCUGCAGAAAUCUGUGUCUAAAAUACUUGAGAGCAACCCGAACAAAAUGUCGCUGGCAAGUUUGGCUGAACAAGCUCGCUGCUGUGAAAUUAUGAUUGAUGAAGACUGUAAUGAAUGCCAGAGCGCUUGGGAAAACGCCCACAAAAUCACCUCAACCAUUACUGAAACCUCAGAGUUCAAAGAGCAAGAACUGCCUUCCCAGGGACACACCUGGAAAGCUCUUUCAUGGCUGGAAACAGAGCACUGGCGAUUACGCAAAGUUGGCAAUCGGAACACUGAGGAGUACCAAAUGUCCCUGAAAACAAAAGAAAAAGAGCUUAAAAAGAGACAGCAAAGAUUUGAUGUGUCUGCUGCAAUGUUAAACUUUCUUGAAGGGUUUGGUUCUUCAGCGCAGCGCCGUUUUUUCCUCAAAUGGCUGGAAAUGGAACUGGAUGAUCUGUCUCGGCACCAGCUUUCCACUCUGCAGGAUCGAUAUAAAGAACAGAACAAGAAGUCUCCUAAAAACACAGAAACCAUUGCAGAGAUUGACAAGCAAAUUUCUGUUUACUCUUUACGAGUGGAUCACUUUUUUCGAGAGUGCGGGCAGUUAUAUGUAUGCUCGAGUAGCCUCCCAGAAUACAGCAAACGGAGAAAAGCCAUAGAACAACUCCCUGCAUUGUAUGCUCAGAUGGUCUUGGAUGGAUUCCCUCUUGAGCUUGUUGAUGGUGAUGCAGCAAACAUCCCCAUGAAAUGGAUCACUGAUGUGCUUACUGAACUUCAUUAUAUUUUGGAUUCCAACAGUCAGCUCAAAGUUAUCACAACCAUCGGGGCAGAAAACUCAGGAAAAUCGACUUUGCUCAACACCAUGUUUGGGGUCAGGUUUGCUUUCAACAAAGGAACAUGCACCAGAGGGGCUUUCAUGCAGCUGGUCAGGGUCAGCAAAGACGUCAGGAGGGAUUUGGGCUGUGACUGCAUUCUGAUCAUCGACACAGAGGGACUGAAGCAACAUCAGAUGGUCCAGAAUGAUCACAGCCACGAACGUGACAAAGAAGUAGCGAGCCUCGCUUUGGCUCUCAGUGAUGCGGCAAUAGUCAGUGUUUCCAAAGACGGCUGCACAGAUUCGCACAUCUUGAAGGUAGUGCUACAUGCUCUCACAAGGCUGGAAGGUGUGGACAGGAAGCUGCUGUGUCACUUCGUACAUGUUAAUAUUUCUGGGAUGUCUGCUGAUGAAAAGAAGGGGCGAGAUAAAGAGUUGUUGGAAAAGCUUAAUGUGAUGAUCCAGAGGAAUACUGAGAUGAAGAAAGACAAAAAACUCUCAGAUGUGAUGGAGUUGCAUCCAAACACUUGGAGCUGGAACAUUCCUCCAAUCUGGAAGGGAACUCCACCAAUGGCUCCUUUGAAUGUUGAUUUCAGUGAAACUGCACAAGCACUGAAAAAGCAACUUCUGUGGGGUCUCAAAAAGUAUCCAGUCAGAGGUGAUCUGACACAUUUCAUCAAGAAGAUAGAAACUCUCUGGAAGGCCGUGUGA